AUGGAAACUCUUCUCAAACUACCAUAUGAGUCGACAUUGACUUCCCUAUACCAACAAUAUCCAUGUCGCGAGCACCAAAUACGGUCUCUAGCCAGCUUGAUCAACCCCGAUGCGAUUCCUUGCCGAAACCUCGUCAUUCACGGCGUCGAAGCCACCGGAAAAUCCUGCGUGACAGCCGCUCUUCUCGACCGGCUCUGCGAGCCGACUCCAAACCAAGGCGAUGCGCCGGCGCUCCUCAACCACGCCCGUAUCGAUGCCGCGCAGUGCAUAACGGUGCGGCACCUCUAUGAGCGCAUCGUGAGCUCCGUGGCAUUCGCGCUGCAGGCGCACGACCUGGCGCCGAAGCGCUGCGAGACCAUGGCGCAACUCGCGGUCGCGCUCGGCGAGAUGCUCCAGGACGCGGGACGCGAGGACCCGCGACGGCGAUUCGCUCUCGUCCUCGACUCGAUAGAUAAACAACGCGAUGCGCCGGCGACACUGCUCCCCGCGCUCGCGCGGCUUUCCGAAACGAUACCGUACCUCACAUGCGUCUUAAUAGCCACUUCGCCGCCCGCAGGUUUCUUGCGUUCGGCCGGCUCGGCCAAUCUGCACUUUCCGCCGUAUACGAAGCAAGAAUACGUGCGCAUCCUCGCACUCUCGCCGCCCGCGCCAGUCAAGGGCACGACGCAGCAGGAGACGAGCGAUCUGUGGUCAAGGUUCUGCGCCGCCGUGCACGAUUCGCUGAUACGAGCGGCCUCGCGAACGCUGCCGUCGUUCAGAGACUGCUGCCACGCGCUGUGGCCGCGGUUCAUCGCGCCAAUCGUCGCGCAGACGCACGCGCCAAAGGAGUUCUCCAAGCUGCUCGUGGCCGCGCGCGUGCAUUUCCAAGACGAGUCCCUUCUCAACCCAAGCAUCGUUGCUGUGCGGCCCAGCGCCGCUGCUGCCGCGGCGCCAGCCAAGACUGCCGGGCCUGCAGCAUCAACUAAGGCUAAGCCCGGCAACGUGGCCGAGCUCACGUCCCUGUUGCCCACAAUUGCGCGCCUCCUCCUUCUUGCCGCCUACCUCGCCUCGCACAACCCGUCCAAGCAUGACCUCACGCUCUUUUCCACCUUUCACCACGGGAGGAAGCGGCGGCGCGGCGGCGGCACCACGUCCCGCGGCGGGCCCGGCCGCAGCAAGCACCGCAAGAUCGCGCGUAAGCUCCUGGGCUCGCACGCAUUUGUGCUGGAGCGCAUGAUGGCCAUUUUUGAAGCGGCACGCACCGAGUGGAUCGACGACGGCCGCCCCGUGGGCGCCGCGGGCGUCGACGGCGACGUGGGCAUGGCGCUCGCGACGCUGGUCAGCCUGCGGCUGCUGGUACGCGUGGGCGCGGGCGACAUGAUGGAUCGCUCGGGCAAGUGGAGGAUCAACGUGGGCUGGGAAGCUAUCCGUGGCAUAGGGCGGAGUAUUGGGGUCGAAGUAGAAGAGUGGCUGAUAGAGUAG